AAGCACCAUGACAACCUGGCUGGGUCCCAUCACAGGGAUAGUCAACUGGUCAGGAGACUGGCCUGGGGCAAAAGGGGCUCCUGGAGGCCCAGGCACCUGGGCAGGGGCUGUGGUCUGAGGACCUGGGUCUCAAAAGCCCAGCUCAGGCCCCUCAGACUUGGCUUCCCCAGGGAGCAGCGCUUCUGCAUGGCCUGGGAACCUAUUGGGAUCUCUGUAUCAGUGCCUCACUCCCAUCUGAGCUGUAGAGCCUACUUUUCCCACGCUCGACCUAAGGGAUCUGAGGAGGGGGCCUGAUUUCAGGAGGCUGUCAGAUCCCAGGGCCUUAGAGAGGCACGGAUCAGGAAGAGCUCAGGGAGGAGGAUACAUGGAGGGGCUCAUGCUGGUGCUGGUGCUGUGGGUGUCCCUGGUAUCCAUGGAGAUCAGGAGAGGCAAGAUGACAAUGCCAGCCUCAAACCUGAGUUGUUACCAGUGCUUCAAGGUCAGCAGCAUAAGCCAGUGCCUGCCUGCCGUGUGCCGCACCACUGACCAGGUCUGUGUCUCCCACGAGGUGAUCAUCUACACCAGUUCAAGAAUGAAAGCUCAGAUCAGCAAGCGCUGUGCCCCAAGAUGUCCCAACUCCAACAGCUGGUAUGAGUGGACACCGAAACCUGGGCUGCAGGCCAGGAUUGUCAGGGAUUGCUGCUCCAAGAAUCUCUGCAACAAGGCACCCACCAGGCAGGAGGGGCUCUGGGUCAGGCGAGAGGAGGUCCUGCCACUAGUGGGCCUGAGCUUCCUGUGGACCCUAUUAUGAGCACCCUCACCCGACACCCCCACUCAGCCAUUGGUACAUCCUGUUCUCCACCUCUGGCUGCCAUCCUCUGUCCCUUCCAGGACACCCAGGGGGAUACUGCCCACAGGAGGUGCCAAAGAGGGCACCUUGAUCUCCACCCUGGACCCCACCAUGCCCUUGUCUGACAUCUUCACUCAGGAAGGCAGGAAAACAGGCCUUGCUUCGCACAGAAAAGAAGGUGGCUUUUGGGUUUGAGGAGAGGGCUCCUUGUACAACGUUCCUGCCCUGAGUAGGCUGUCAGGCCCCUGUGAAGGACAAGAAGAGGCUACUAAGACCAGACUCUAGCUCCUCCUUCUCCAUCUCAGCCACUGCUGCCUACAGAAGCCAGGCAGAGGAACACAGUAAUCCCCCCCACCAUGUGCUGGGAUCACAACCCUCACUCCUCAGAGACAAUAAACUCUCAUU